CCGUCAAGUCGUCAUAGGACAACUCUCAGAAUAUGACCUACCUAACCGCGCACCUCCCAUUCCCAUCCGGUUCCUCCCUCCCUCCCCCUGCAUCCCACUUGGUCAUCUCAGAUACUCUCAACUCUCCCGCCCAAUUUGCGCUUUAUCACCUGGUCAAUGCUGCUCUUCUCAAGCAAAAAUCUCAACCUCCGUCUCUAACUCAGGCGAGACAGAUCAAUGGUCGUGGAACAGAAUAUGUGACUAAAGUUGUGUGGGUUGACUUUAGAAGUGAAGGAAGGUCAAGCUGGGAAGUCAUCCUCAAGAAACUCGGCACCCCACUCCCAUCACCCACCUCUCCUGCAUUCAUUCACAUUACUCCUUCUUCCUUACCCGCCUGCAUUUCGUCUUCUUCCACUAACGCCAACUCGCCGAGAAUAUUCCCUUCGCUCUCCCUCGGAACCGGAGACGCAACCUCGGACAGAGAUGGGCGCCCAACUCUAAAACACGUAUACGAUACUCUCCUCCCACACCUUCAAACGCAAGCACAACUACGAUCACAACCUCCAUCAAACCCCGAACAAGGGGAAGGAGGAUCAGAAUUAGAAUGUCUACUCAUCCUAGACGGCUUGAGCGACCUCUUGUCCAUAGGUGUCCCACUUCGAGAAAUUCAUCGAUUCGUCAGAGCUGUGUACGCUCAGAUCAGGAUCUCCAAGGCAGCCCUCGUAUCAACCCUCCACACCGAUUCUCUCUCAUUUUUAACUCAACCAUCCCUAUCUCUUCCCCUAUCCGAAUCAGAGACAGAGACCAACCUGCUCGAGCGCCUAUUAAAAAUCGGACACGGUGUUUGGUGGAGAGUUGAAAAUCUCCAAUCAGGGAGGAGUGGAGAUGUCAUGGGCGAAAUCUCUUCCCACCCAUUCGGCACCCAUCACUCCCACCCUAACUCCAACUUCCGCGCCGAAACAGAAAAAGACACGUAUAUACCCCGUUCAAAACCGUUACAAUACCGUCUUGAACCUUCCACUGUCCGGGUAUUUGCUAAAGGUACCGGAAGAGGGUUCCUCUAAAUCACUUGCCUUUUUUAAUCUAUCCCACCCUCUCAUCCUUUCUAUCCUCCUACUCUUUUACAUUUUCAACUUUAUUAAGCCUUCCAUGGUUUGUUCUGCCAAUCCCCCUUCUUUUGAUAUUUACCCUGGAAAGCUGGCGUUUAGGUGCCCUGAAGAGAUAGGAAAUAAAGAGACAAAGGAGAGUGUGGAAACGAGAGAGGAAUCAAGAAGGGAGUGUUAGAAACAGCCACAGUUAUCAUAUAUAAAGAAACGCAAUUAAGUCGAGAUUGAGGCAACGGCAGGAGGGUGACACUCGUUUGUCGUGCCAUCUGGGACAGAAAAGGAUGGAAUGGUAUCCGGGAAAGACGAGGAAAUUUAGAUACCUC